CUUUAGAAGCAGGCUUAAUCAAAUAAAUACACGAGUGCGACUCCCAUUGAAUUGCUAUUGUGAAGGACCAAGCUCGCGCGUGGAGGGGCACUCUCUUUUUGCGAACGGGUCGGGCACUCUCGUUGACAAGCGCUGUGUUUGUCUAAUAACAUACUCUAUACCUAGCUGCCAGAGAAAAUGACGGUUGUAACAAGCCAAGAAACAGUCGCAGUGAAAGUCGUUUCCGUCGACACGGAACCGCCUGCGCCGCAGCCUGAGAAUGCGUUCGUGGAGUACUUUCGAAAAUUCAAGGGGACUGGCGAUAAGCCAUUGGCGCCUGAAGGCCUUCGGAGUAUCGCAAUUUCCUGGCUUGGCGCGUUCAUUUCCAUUCUUUGCGUCGCCGCCCUCAACCAGUAUGCGGGCCCCAAGAUGGAUUUUGAGUGGCUCAUCGCGUCAUUUGGAGCGUCCGCGGUCCUGCAGUUUGGCCUGCCCAAGAGCCCACUAGCCCAGCCACGCAACGUCAUUGGCGGCCACACCAUUAGCGCGCUGUGCGGCAUCGUGGUCCGCCUCAUCCUCCAGCCCCAGUACGGCGGCGGCAAGGCCGACUUCGUGUCCACGGCCCUGGGCAUGAGCGCCGCGCUGGCGGCCAUGCAGGCCACCGGCACCACACACCCGCCUGCCGGCGCCACGGGCCUGCUAGCCGCCAGUGCGGACCCCAUACCCGACUGGCAGGGCUUCAAGUUCCUGCUCACGGCGCUGGCGGGGAGCAGCGUCAUGGUGCUGGUGGCGCUGGUGUUCAACAACGCGGUGCCCGGCCGCCGCUACCCCACCUUCUGGUAGUGCUGGUGGCUAGCUGGCCGGCGGCCUGGAGCUGGGGUGUGGGGUGGAUGCGGUGCGUGGUCAGCAGUUGGUGGGUUGGAUGGCGUGGGCUGCAGGGCCGGAUGGGCUGCAGG